UAACGUCAGUGGGGUCAUAUAAAAUCGUACGAGUGAGGUCGUACAAAUUCGUACGAAUAAGCCACCUCGUAAAAUAUGUACGAAUUGGUCGUGGGAUAGCGUUGACUCUCCUGAAGUGUUUCUUAUUUACAAGAACAGGACUUUAUGCAUCUAGCAAGACAGCAUUUUAUUGAUGGCACACUUGUCUCAGUGUUUGCAGACUGAGCUGGAUUAGUAUUGUACACUUAAGUCGAAGUCUAUCUGUCAGAUUACUUGGACACUUCACACUGUCAGUACAUUAGUAGUGUGGAAAGCUCUGUUUGGGGAGACACCUGCAGCACUAGCUCAUCAAUUAGAUUCAGCAGGGACUAUUUUGUAUUGAUCUUGAGCAGGAAUGCUGGCGUGACUCCAGUCUGCUCUUUCUUCUGCAGGAUCUACAGGCUGCGGUGGAGAAUGGGACAUAGAGGGGUUGGGAUAGACUUUAAGGUGUAUAUGAAAAUAUUAUUUGGUUACCCCAAACUGUUGGUAGUUGUAUGGCAGUUUCCAGAAAAUAUUGUUAGUUGUAUAGAUAGUUGUCACUGAUUUACAAAGAGUUGUUAGAUGAGUCACUGAAUUAAUCAAUGAACAAGUAUCUGUGGUAAACAGAUUUAAAAAGGAAUCAGUCAGUCAAUUAAUCAAAUAUACAGGGAUGAUUCAAAAUCUGAUCGGACUACAGUUCAUUUUUACAUUAUGUUGGUGAACGAACGGGUGAAUAACCUUUCAAACAAAGUAAUUCAUGUUUUUGAACUAAUCAGUGAAUAAUAGAACGGCUCAUUCAUAAUGUAUGCCCACCAACUGGUGUAAUGAUGUAACCUACAGAAAGACCCACUGAACCAAUCUGUAAAAAAAAAAUCCACACGACUGGAUGCCUCUGAUGCUCUGUACUAGUACGCAGCCACACACACACACACACACACACACACACAAGCAAACAGUGGGCAGCUGGCACGGUUAUACUUCUCUCUGUCAUGUCCAUGAGCCGUGAGCAGGGUCACAACAGAGUGUGACAUCUCAGGCAUCUGUUCUUCUAGCUGGACACUGCAGGAUUCACUGACCUGCAGCACCAAUACACACACACACACACACACACACUCUAAAGCCACUUGUUUUCAUGGACAUCUUUUGACACAAGCACAUGCAAAUGUCUUCCCAGCUUCGCAGAAUGAAUUUGCCAAGUAAAUAUCAAAAUGAAAUAUCUGCAUAUGGUCUUAAUGUGAUUAGAAUGUUUGGACAUACUGUAACAAUGUGUUUAAAUGAGUGUGUCUUGCUGUAUAUUGCUGAAUAAUGUCUUUCUUUAAUUGCAUAUGGAGAGAUUGUCUUCUAUACAAACUUGGAACAGCACUGCCACAGAGCCCAAACAACGAGCUAGAAAACAUAUGGUGCUGUCAGCAUUAAUGAAUGGUAAUUUCUGAAGGACUUUAUCAUGCAACAGAAAAACAUCUGCCACUCUUAUCAGUUCUGGACAGCUUGGGAGUUUGGCAUUGGGGAGGACCGGCCGAGGGAGAACCCCAUGGGCAACGCAGAUGGACAGGCGAUGGUGGGCGGAGCAGGGGUGGAGUCAGGGGCAGGAAGGCAGCGGUUACACUGCUGCAUUCGAGUCACAGCCGUUCAAGUGCGAAAAGCAAUAUGGGGCGUGGCCAUGGUGAUGUGCGUGUGCUCAUCAUGGGCAGGCUCCACCCAGCUGGCCAAGCUGACCUUCAAACAGUACGACGCACCGUUCACUCUCACAUGGUUCACCACCACGUGGAACUGCCUCUUCUUCCCUCUGUAUUACAUCGGCCACCUGUGCAAGAGUCCUGAGAGACAGACACCAAAACAGAGGUUUAGAGAGUGCUGUCGGUUCUUCGGGGACGAUGGACUGACGGCGAAGGUAUUCUUUACUAAAGUGGCCCCUUUCGGCCUGCUGUGGAUUAUGACAAACUACCUGUACCUUCAGGCUUUGAGAAAGAUCAACAGCACCGAUGUAUCAGCCCUCUUCUGCUGUAACAAAGCCUUUGUCUUUCUCCUGUCCUGGAUCGUACUGCGGGAUCGCUUCAUGGGUGUCAGGAUUGUUGCUGCCAUUCUGGCCAUCGCUGGAAUCGUGAUGCUGACCUACGCUGAUGGCUUUCACAGUCACUCUGUUAUCGGCAUAACGUUUGUAGUGGCCUCUGCAUCUGCCUCUGCCCUCUAUAAGGUGCUCUUCAAGCUUGUCUUGGGCAGUGCCAAGUUUGGAGAGGCGGCUCUGUUUCUGACCAUUGUCGGAGGUGCAAACUUUGUCUUAUUGAGCUUUGUGCCAGUUAUACUGUACUUCACACAUGUUGAGUACUUCACAUCCAUAGCUGAUCUUCCCUGGGCCUACCUGUGUGGAGUAGCUGGACUCUUACUAGCAUUCAAUAUUCUGGUGAAUUUUGGCAUUGCCAUUACAUACCCUACACUCAUUUCACUUGGCAUUGUGCUGAGUGUCCCAGUCAAUGCAGUGGUGGACCUGUACACCUGUGAUAUCCACUUCAACACAGUGCGGCUCAUCGCUGUGUUCAUCAUCUGUCUGGGCUUCCUGAUGCUGCUGUUACCGGAAGACUGGGAUCAGUGUUUGAUUGAGCUCGGCACCAAACUCAGAAAGCGGGAACAGACUGCUGAGCCGGCUGAGACUGGAACCAGUUCAGGACUCAAUUGGACCCGACGCGCCAGGACCUCCAUGUCCACGUUUUCCCACUGACACACACUCACCUUCUCCCAUGCAGUGACUGAAUGAUGCUAGGACGAGCAUUCAUUCAUAAUAUUUCUCAGUCAACAAGGUUCCAUAGACCAUAAUGUACCAUAAUGCACAUUAUAUCAAAAACUGUCUGAAAGCAUUGUUUGCAUUUUUCCCAACUGUAAGUGAAUUUGAACAAUGACUUAGGUCUUUAUUUGAAACUCAAGAGCAGGGGUCUCAAACUACCAAUCCAUGGGUUUAUAGGGGAAGUCAUGGCCUAAUGGUUGGAGAGUUGGACUUUUAAUCCAUAGGUUGUGAGUUCGAGUCUUGGGCCAGCAGGGAUUGUAGGUGUGGGAGUGAAUUUACAGCGCUCUCUCUACCUUCAAUUCCAGGACUGAAGUGCCCUUGAGCAAGGCACUGAACCCCCGAAAAGUUCCCUUGGCACUGCAGUGUGUGUGCAGUGUGACUUUGUCACUUUCACCUUCAAAUUUGACCCAUGAAUUAAGUCAUUAAGUGUUAAUAGGCUACCCUUAAAUCCAGCCCAGCUUUCAUUUUUUACACUUUAUUUAAAAAAAAUGUAAACUUUAAUAAUAUUUCAAUUUUAUUUUAUAUACUGUUGUAAUUUAAUGUAAAUGAUGUAUUAUAAUUUAUUUUUAUAUAUUUCUUAUUCUCCACAUGGCUUUUAUAGGCCUAAAACUUGAAUGUAAAAUGACAGAAAAGUCAGAAAACUUUGGAUUACAUGCAUCUAUAUAACACUAGAUGGCUAUUAUUACAAUCAAUGGAGUGGUUUACACUGGGAGCACUUGUUGUGGCAUCUUCAAGUGGAUGGAAGAUUCUAUUUUUCGUGCACUACAGCUACUCCAACCUUUUUAUUUUGCCUGAUAUAUAUAAAAAUAUUUUUAUAUAUAUAUAUGUAGACUGAUUGCUAUCUAAGUCUUUUUAUAUUGAAAAAUGUCUGAUUGUUACGUCAAGGCCAGGUUGUGUUAUUUCCAAUCUUUUAAAUGGCACUGCUACCUGCCUCUGCAAGGAGGAAAGUAAUGCAAUAAUGCAAUUUCAGACAUCAUUACUCCACUAACCAUGAGCAUCAUGCUAGGUAUGAAGGAAAGAUGUAUCCAUGCCUCAAUAACUGUAUGUAGUUAAAAUGUAAGGUCAUAAACCAUCAGGUAGUUGAAGAGUUUGAGACCUCUGCUCAAGAGACCCACAUAACCAAUGUCUCCACAAUAAAGAUUAGUUUCUGGUCUUGAGAUUGUUUAACUUCUCUUCGGAGCUCAGAGAAUCACAUCUGUGACUUUACAGCUUACAUUGUGUAUCUCACUGGCACAAAUCACUGCGAGUGGCCAGUAGAACAUGUGCCAUACAUUAAUACAGACAUUAAGAACUGCUACUUGUGCCGUCUUCUUGCACAACAAAGAUCUACAUUACAACAGGUGCAUCUGAGGGAUUUCCCCUCCCAAUCUGUGACUGAAGAUGUUCUGAAUAAUAGCAAUCUCGAAGGUCUUGGUGGAAAGGUGAACCAGGAAUAGCAUCAGAAGACAGUGGUGCUGAGGUUGGCUGGAAUGCUGGUACAGUGCAAAUGCCUCAUACAAAGUUCUCCUAAAAUGUAAACGGAGAUAUUUGUGGGGUUAACAACAGCAUCCAGUCUGUUUAUAUUGAAGCUACAUGUAUGCUUUGUUUCCAUCACAUUUGUUUCUGAGUCACAUGCUAACCACUGUGAGGACACUUCAGCGGCAGUACUGGCAACUCGAAAAGGCAAUCAUCUGUGAGUUGUGUUAACAUAAAGGCUGCCGUGAGCAUCCUGUGAAUGUAUGACCAUUUCUGAAAAGUGCACCCACACUAUGUUCUUUGCAAAUGGUGGUGACUGGAACUGAUACGCCACCUUUACAUACACAAAACAUCCAGCAUUUCAUAAGACUGCUUUUCUUGAAAACGGCAUUGCAUUUUUUUUAUCCUUAUGGACUGUUCCUUUAGAAAGGAAUUAUUUCUACAGAAAAAUGCAUGCCGGAAAUGCCAAUAAAUGCUAUGAUGGCUUCACUGCCUUUUUUUUUAUUUGCAAUAGGAUCUCAUCAGCACUGUCUCCCAU